AUGUAUCGUCUUUUGGCCGAGGUGGACCGGUCGCCACUCAGCGAGUUAUUGCCUUUCGAAGUUGCUGGAGCUCUUUUAGCAGCCCUGGCUCAGCAACAGCCAACUUUUCGGCGUGUGUUCGGUCUCAUCGGCGGCGCGGUCGCCAAGGCGGUCUCCACCACAUUUAUUAUUUUGGUUGUGGCGGCUUUCUUUGCUCGGCACGUGCUGGACAACAAGAACACGAUCGCCAAGACCCACUCGCCCGAAAUCGUUCAAGCUCGCAUGCUCGCACGCUUCGAGGCCGGCUCCGUGAUCCCACGUUUCGAGAAAUACCACGUCAGUCGUCCAGAUGCUGUUGCGAUGCUUCAAAAGGUGCUGCGCCCCGCGCCGCUGGAGACGUACACGGUCGUCGUUGGCGAAGUAGGCUGCGGCAAGACCAGCGCCGUCCACGACGCCAUCCGAGCCAACAGCACUGGUAUUGUCUACCACAUCGUCAAAAGCGAGGUGUUAGUCUCGAUGCCGGGUCUACUGGCGGGGUCUCUCGCGUUCGAGUUCAACCAAUUCACCUUCACAGCAGGCUACUUCAAAGACCGUGGUAUUGAGAUGCAUCAAAUAGCAUCGGCAGAAGAACCUUUCAAGAGCUGGGCGAUACUCGAGCUCGGUCUUCGGGACGUCGCCGCACAGUUCAAGGCCAAGCAUGGUCACGUUGCCACGCUCGUCAUCGACGCCGUGGACCAGAUCGCCCAGCAGGGUCCCGCACUGUUGCAUGUGAUUCAAAAUUUUGCCAAGGCGGCUGCUGACGAGCAGCUGCUCAAUGUUGUUCUCGUCACCUGCGAUGGUUCGAAUCUGCCUGAGCUCAAGGCAUCGUCAGCAAUGACUCGUGCUCGCAUUGUCGAAGUGAGUGAUAUCACCGACGAACAAGCUGUCGAUUUUCUGCUACAUCGUGGCGUCAAUGAGGAUUCGGCAAAACGCGCGGUUGCUGAGAUUGCUGGCGGGCGUUUUGUUCUGCUCAAUCGGGUCACGAAACAGCUCGGCAGAGGACAACAAGUGAAUCAGAUCUUUGAAGAGUUUCGCGUGGAUACGGCAGACUCCCUCCAGCGCCUGAUUGACGAUUUGGCACUGUACAACGCAACUUCUGAUGUGCACAAGACACUUUGCGAUCUCACUCACGGCGCUCUGCACAUUGACAUCGUGCACUGCGCUCUGGGGAAAGACCUCACCAAGAAACUCCUCGCCACCAACAUCAACAUUCUCGCUUACCAUCCCAACGACACCUACACCCUUCACUCGCGCCACGUUCAGCGCUCUGUGUCUACCCUGCUGAACUGCACGAGACCGUUGGGCCGUCCCUUGUUUCUGGCUUCUUGAGCCAUCUUCAAGCGUUCACCCUCUGCC